AUGUUGCUCUUUAAGCCCGCUUUUUGCGCUGUUUGCGCCUUUGUUUGGGCCUUCAGUAGCCUUGUCGCUGCUGUUCCAACCCGUGAUUGUCUUCUGUUUGCUGUAGGCUCUCAAUCCAUUCCGGACGACCUCCAAGCUAUAUGUGUUACCAAUGGCAAACAAAUCAAGGAUAAAAUCUCAAACCUCUGCGGUGAUGAUACCAAGGUGGCUAUGCAGCAGUUCUCGGACAUAUGUGCCUCAGCUGGAUACAAAGGUGUGAACGAUAUAUUUACCAUUUCUGGUGUCUCAUCAUCAACUGCUGUUGCCAACCCCACAAGAACCGGUUAUGGCAUUGUCACCCCAACCGGCUCGUCUAGCAUUAUAUUAGUGCCCAGUUCGAGUCCAAUUCCCAGCUCCAGCCCGAGCCCAUCACCAAGUGGUCACCCCAGCGGGAUAAUUUCAGCCGGUGCGUCAGACCGUCAUGUUCCUGCUGCAGCAUUCGCAGCUGUUGUUUUCUUUGGAGUCGCGGCGGCACUGUAG